AUGAGGACCUGCUUGGUAUUCAUUUGCUCACUGGCAGCAACAUUUUCCCUGUCUGUAAACAGUAAACCUCAUGGAAAACAUCAUGGAUUGCACAAGACUUCACAUACAGCCAAAGAAAAGGACAUUAUCACAGUGGAGGCCAACGAGCCACAGCUCUUACCCACUUUAGUCACGUUUGAGGCCAGCAGCCAGGAGCAGGAAGAUGAGGAACUGAGUUCCCAAGACAAUGCUAAUGCCAACAAGGAGGAGGGAGAGUUUGAGGUGACUGAAAGGAGCGACAAAACUACUGCAGUCCUGCUGAGUGAGGAGGAGUUGGUCAACCUCCUGAAGAAAGAAGCUGAAGAAGAGCAGGAAGCAGAAGAAAGAGUGCUAGAGGAAGAAGAAGCUGAGACGGACAAAGGCAGGCUGGAGUCUGGUGAGGCUGUGGAGACCAUUGAGGAUGAGGAAGACAACUUGCAUGACAAACAAGAAAUGCGAGAAGACAAUAAAGACGUGACAGAUGAGGAAGAAGAAGAAGUAAAGGAAGAGAGUGUGGGAGAUGCUGAAAUGCUGGAGAAAGAAGAGGUGGAGAUUGAAAACAUGUCACCCAAGGAAAAGGACGAAAAGUCUGAGCAAGGGGAAUUGCUGGAGGAAACAGAUGGUAGCACAGAGUCAGAGAUCCCAGUUGAUCUGGACUAUGCUGCUGAUAGUGGCAUCUUACAACCUCUACAGAUUGCAUCCGCUAAAUUAAAACCCCACACUGAUGACACCCAGCUUUCUUCAAACACAGAUGUUAAAGAGAAGGAAACCGGUGAGAAAGGACUGCCCACCAUUGAUGAUGUCUAUAUACGAGACGUACAAAACACUGAGGCGUUGGACAGUGAGGAAGUGUCUGAUCAGGACAAAGAUCUCAGAUCAAAAGACGUCGAUGAGAAAGAACCUGUAGCAAAUGUGGAGCCUGAAGAACCAAAGAGCAAUACAGCGUUUGAAUUGCGGUCUCAAAUGGCUGGAAAGGAGGAAGAGAAAAAUAAGAAUGACAGCAGAGGUCACACCAAGGGAAAGACAAGGAAGCAGAAGAAGAACAAGAGGGCAAGGAAGCACUCCCCACAGAGAGAGGAAACACAGUCUGGACAGGAAGAAAGCCAACAGGAUCCUGAGGCAUCUGACAGCAGCAUUGACAAUACAGCCCAAAAGGCAAAGAGGAGAAGGGCAGGAAAAUGGGGUCCUUUAGUGGGAAUGAAUCCAGUGCAGAUAAGAGCCACAGUGGAUCUCUACCCCAGUUCCAGACCCUCUCUUAGUGGAGGCAUGCAUCGCCCAGAAGCCCCUGCUGAUCCAUGUGACAACUUUCCUUGCAAACGUGGAAAGACGUGUAAACUUGAUACGGGCAAUAAGCCAGGCUGUGUGUGUCAAGAGCCAACAGAAUGUCCUCCUAGUGUGAAUGAGUUUGAUCAUGUUUGUGGGACAAACAACAAAACAUAUGAUACGUCAUGUGAACUCUUUGCUACGAAAUGCAACCUGGAGGGAACUAAGAGAGGACACAGACUUCAUCUGGACUACACUGGGCCAUGCAAAUUAAUACCUCCAUGUGUGGACACUGAGCUGGUCCAGUUCCCUCUACGCAUGAGGGAUUGGCUGAAAAAUGUGCUGCUGCAGCUCUAUGAUCAUGACUCCAUGUCUCCUGGCUUCCUCACUCCUAAACAGCGUUUUAGAGUGAAGAAAAUCUUUGAGAGUGAGCGGCGUCUUCAUGCUGGUGAUCACUCCGUUGAGCUGCUUGCGCAGGACUUUGAGAAGAACUACAACAUGUACAUCUACCCAGUGCACUGGCAGUUUGCACAACUGGACCAACACCCUUCUGACAGAGUUUUGUCCCACUCAGAGCUGGCCCCACUUCGAGUCCCUCUGGUGCCAAUGGAGCACUGCACCUCCCGCUUCUUCCAAGAGUGCGACGCUGACAAGGACAAGCAGGUGUCCUUUAAAGAGUGGACUUCCUGUUUUGGUAUCAAUAAUGAUGAUAUGGAUGUCAACCUGCUAUUCUGAGCUUCACUUUGUCAUUCUUCUAAGCUUGUGAAGCUGCUCCGA